GGAAGUACGGAUCCUGAGGGGUGGAGUCGAAGCGGCGGCUGCUGCUGUGGUUGCCAGGAUCCCGCGUUGCCGCCUGAGAGACCCAUGAUAUGGCGGGGAGGAGGAGGAGAAGGAGGCGGCGGACAGAGGUUCACUCUGUCAGAACCAUUUGAGCUGUUUGCUUUCUGACAAGGCCCGUGGCGAGGGAGAAAAGCUGACUGCGCCGCGAGUGAUCAGAUGUGUGCAUGAGCAGUGGACUCGACCGCAGAAGCAUCUGGGUUGAGAGGCGAGCUGUGCCUACUGUAUGCGAACACUGUUCUGUGUCAUGGAGAUUCAGUGAACAAGACCAAGAAGGUACCUGUUCUUAUGGAGCUUACGUUUUGGAGGAAGAAGACAGACAUAAACCAAGGAAAUAAACAAGAUAAUUUCAGAUAGUGUGUGAUUGUGGGAAGAUGGAAGAGUAUGAAGAAUUCUGUGAAAAAACUCUUGCCCGAAUCCAAGAAGCGUCACUAUCCACAGAGAGCUUUCUGCCUGCUCAGUCCGAAAGUAUCUCACUGAUUCGUUUCCAUGGAGUGGCUGUGCUUUCUCCACUGCUUAAUAUUGAGAAGAGAAAGGAAAUACAACAAGAAAAACAGAAAGCACUCAACGUAGAAGCGAGGAAGCAGGUUAAUAGGAAGAAAGCUUUACUGACUCGUGUCCAGGAGAUUCUUGAAAAUGUUCAGGUUAGAAAAGCACGUAAGGCCAGUGAUUUUGAUCAGUGGGAGGCCGAAACAGCUUACUCUAAUGCAGAAGUCAGAAACUUGAACGUCCCUGCUGUAUUUCCCAAUAGCUUGCCAAGCCCUUCUGAACACCCUACUUUAGCAAGGCUUGAAAAGACAGCUGGGGUUUCGCCCACUGAUAACGAGGACCAACAGAGACCUAAUGGGAUAGAACUAGCUAGAGACACAGAAGGGUCUAACUCUCCAAAGCAAUGUGAUAAAUCAAGCAGUAGUCAGGCUGAAACUGAAACAUCUCCAAAGAUCUCAGCAACACCGAAAGGAACCCCCACUUCUGAUAGUCUGGUCUCCAGGGCUGAAGAACAGGAUCCACCAGUUUUGGCAGAAGUCACCCUGGACCCCUAUGUAAUGAGUCUUCAGAACUUGAUGAAAAAGUCAAAGGAAUAUACAGAACGAGAACAAUCUGGGCGCAGUCUGAGAAGCAGUACAAGGAGGAACAUCAACGAAAGCCCCUCAGACAAGGAAAAUGAUGCUGUUACAGUGAGCGAGUGUGUGAAGGAGAAAGCCCCGCUGACAGGCAAACGCUGUGGCUCGGCGAUUCCUGAUAAAUUAAGCCUUAAUAAAUCAAAUGUUCUUCUCCAAGGUGCUUGCUCUCAGCCAGGCAGCACGAAUACAUCUGUUUUAGCUAGCUUUUCUAAAGUAGAUAUUCCUGUCCAAACGGGGCAUCCCACUGUUCCACAUUCUGAGGCUGAUUUUAAAGUUAUUCCCACUUUUAUUACUGAAAAUAAUGUGAUCAAAAGUCUUACAGGUUCAUAUGCCAAAUUACCUAGUCCUGAGCCAAGUGUGAGCCCUAAAAUGCAUCGAAGGCAUUCCAGGCCAUCUUCAGCAUGUCAUAUACUUAUAAAUAACCCAAUAAAUGCCUGUGAGUUAAGCCCUAAAGGAAAAGAACAAAUGGUGAACAUUAUCAUUCCAGAUACUGAUGAAAAAACAAGUGUAUCAGAAACUGUACCAAAGUUACCACUUGAUUUAGCAGGAGUUUGUUCAAGCAAGACUUAUGUCAGCAAAAAUGCUAGCGAAGCCAUAGAAGAUGUGGCUGUAGGUAAAUCAAGUCAGGUGUGUCAGUCUUUGGGAAAUCAGUUAGAAAAUAAAGUUACACAUGGCCUUUUUGCUGUGGAAGGCCAGUUAACAUCUGAUGCCAGAGGAACACACAAAAUGAAUAAUACUUGUUCUACUGGGCCCAAAUUGCAGGGUCCAUAUGUCAUUCCUAGUCAGUGUAUAGCAAGUCAAAACUUGGAAACUGUGAGUGGAUUCAGGUCAGGCAGUGUAUUGGAGAAAAACUCCUGCAAUUCUCAGAUGGAACUGAAUAAGUCUUACAAUGUAAAAAAUCCAUCUCCUUUACUGAUGCAAAACCAGAACCCUGGACAGCAGAUGGACACACCUAUGGUGUCCUGUGGAAACGAACAGCUUUUGGACAACAGCUUGGAAAAAGUUAAGCGGAGACUGGAUUUAGAUAUGGAUGGUGUGCAGAAGGAAAACUGUCCUUAUGUCAUAACCACCAGGAUAGCUGAACAAGAGAGACAAUAUUUGCCAGAAAAAAGAUACCCUAAGGGAUCAUCACUCUACAUUUACAAGAAUAAAAUAUUAGAAACUAGCACAAAAGAAGGUGAGGAGCUACUAAAAAGCAAGAUGUUAGCUUUUGAAGAAAUGCGGAAGAGACUAGAAGAACAGCACGCCCAGCAGUUAUCCCUACUCAUAGCUGAGCAGGAAAGGGAACAGGAAAGAUUGCAGAAGGAAAUAGAAGAACAGGAGAAAAUAUUAAAAGAGAAGAAGGUGAUUACAACAGAAGUCUCUGAAUUGAACAUCAACCAUACGGUAGAAUUAGAAUGGAGAAAAAUAAGUGACUCUGGUUUGUUGGAAACAGUGCUGUCUCAAGUGGACUCAUUCCGCACUUCAAAUUCCCAAAAUUCUGGUUUCACAAAUUCCGCCCUACAGUAUAGCUGUGGUUCAGCAAAUGAAGCACCCUUCUACCUUUGGGGAUCAACUAGUGGCGCGACCAAACUCUCAGUACCAAGGCCCUUUGGCAGGGGCCAACCUCGAUGCACUCAGGUUUUUGAUCCGGAAGUACAAGUGAAAUUUAACAAAAUAACUGCCGUGGCAAAGGGAUUUCUUAUUCGUAGGCUUAUGCAGACCGAUAAGCUGAAGCAGCUUCGACAAACUGUAAAAGAUACUAUGGAAUUCAUAAGAAGCUUUCAGUCAGAAGCGCCAUUAAAGAGAGGCAUUGUCUCAGCCCAAGAUGCGUCCCUUCAGGAGAGAGUGUUGGCACAGUUGCGCGCUGCCCUGUAUGGUAUUCAUGACAUAUUCUUUGUAAUGGAUGCAGCUGAAAGAAUGUCUAUUCUGCAGCAUGAUCGAGAAGUUCGAAAAGAGAAAAUGCUCAGGCAAAUGGAUAAAAUGAAAAGUCCACGUGUGGCUCUUUCAGCUGCAACACAGAAGUCUCUCGAUAGGAAGAAAUACAUGAAAGUUGCUGAAAUGAGAAUGCCAAAUAAGAAAUUUCUGGUUAAACAAAGUCCUUCUGAAACAAGAGUCCUUCAGCCAAACCAAGGACAGAAUGCACCUGUUCAUAGGCUACUUAGUAGACAAGGAACCCCUAAGACAUCAAUGAAGGGGGUUGUGCAGAAUAGACAGAAGCCUUCCCAGAGCAGAGUGCCUAGCAGAGCGCCUGUCUCAGGAGUAUAUGCAGGAAGAAUCCAAAGAAGGCGGCCAAAUGUUGCGACAAUUUAAGAAGACAACAUUCAUUAGGAUAAGGGGGGGAGGAUUAUUAUCCAUAUAAUUUCCCUACCUAAUAGACUUUUAAUUUAACCCUGGACUGUUUACACAGGCAAAGUGACUGAAUCAAAGGGCCGAGCAAUUCUUUGCAUAAUUUGGUCAGUCUGGUUAGUUCCUGGCCCACUCUCCCAUUUUCCUGUAUCAGGUUUGGAUAAAGACAAAUUAGUGUUCAUCUCUUUGCUUAACCUAGUCAAACAUAAGUGUAUUUUACAUGCCUAGUUGUCUAGAGAGACUUUUUGUAAACUUAAAUGACAUCUGGCUUAAGUUUUACAAAAUAUUGGAAAGAUAUGACAAAUUCUAAACAAGUUCUACAACAUGAAUUUUAUUCAUCUCUGCAUAUUGAUUGGAUUUGAAAAAGAAAUUAGAUAUGGUCCUGUUCAAAGGGAAAUCACUGCAGACCUGUUUCCCUGGUUUUAUAAAUUUAAACACCAUGCUGACCUAACACAGUAACCAUGAGAUAAACCCUUGGAUUGUGGUCCUCGUCAAAUCUAGGCAAAGGUAGCUGUGGGUCACUUUUGGUCAGAAGCACACAUUCCUGUCAGCGCUGUCUUACAGAAAUGCCAGGUUUCAUGUAUGUUACUGAGUACUGUUACAGUCAUUUGUGGAGGGGAACAGCUCUGGAGAAGACAGCACAAUCUUCCUGUAUGUAGCAUCCAAGAAUGCAUUGUUACUCCAUUUCUGUAAAGCAGGAAUGACUCGUUGCAAGCAAUUGUAUUUUUAGUUGUAUAUUUUAUUUCUUCACAGUCUACCUUCUCUAGCAUGCUUGACUUAGGAGAGAAUAAAGGGCUAUCUAGAAUACUAAAUCCAGAUUUCAAAUAGGAUAGUAAUAUUGCCUAGUUAGCAAUACAGCAUUACUUCAAGGCACAGACAUUUAAGGUUUUUAAUCAGUAACAUACUUGGUAAAAGUAACACCUAUCAAAUGUAACCAAGAGAACGUGUCACUGUUAAUUUAUCAUACCAUUUCUAACAAGGGUUCUGUGCUCACAAGAUCGGGACUGUGUAUAUUCAAUCUUUGUAACGAAUUUUAGAGAUACUGGUAUUUUGAAAAUGCAGCUUAUAUAUAUUAUUACCCUUUUGAGAAUAUGGAGAUAAAGAUUAUUUUCUCCAAUUUUAAGUUCCAUUUAAGAUUUAACAUUUACAUGCAGCUAUAGAUGGAAAAUAACCUAUUCUGCAUAUAAAUUUUUAUUGAGAUGUAUCAGUUAUUGAGUGAACCAUAAAAUUAAGUCAAAAAAGUCUUAAGUUACCAAUUUUUUAUUUACAGGCCAAGUAUAUAAAAUUAUCCUUUUAACGAUGAACUGUGCUUUAUCAUUCGGAAAACUCAGGAUACAGCUUAUUCCUAUCAUUGUGGGUCUCUCCAGUAAGAAGAAUAGAUGCUAACAGUUUUGUGCGUAUAUAUGCAAAUUGGAUAAAACAAAUAGUAUGUUUUGGAAAAA